GUCUCGUGUCUUAUUUUCGUUCACUUCCGUUUUCUGUGCCUUGGAAAGUAGUCGGCAUUGUUUAAUAGAGGAAAAUGGCCAAGUCUAAAAAUCACACUAAUCAUAAUCAAAAUCGUAAAGCUCAUCGCAAUGGUAUCAAGAAACCUAAACGUUACAGACACGAAUCCACGCUUGGUAUGGAUUUGAAAUUUCUGAGGAACCAACGUUUUGCCAAGAAACAUAACUUGAAGCCAAAGGAACAACGAAAACGAGCGGAAAAACGUAAGGCCUUGCGUGAAUCGAAGAAAGAAGUUGUCCGUGUAUAAAUAAAUUAAUUUCAAUAAAAAUUUGAAGAAAAAAA